AUGGCGGCAAGCAUCUCGGAGGAGGAGGAAGGCGGUCCUGGGUCCGGGUCCGGGUCGGAUCAGCAGAGCGAGGAGAGGUGCUCCGGCAGCUACAGUUUGAGCGCUGACGUCAGCGAGUCUGAGAGUUCCGACGGCUUCCCUUCCCCUCAUCGCGGCCAUUACUACGACGGCUGCUCCUCCAGCUCUCCCAAGCUUGCCACUUCCGGCGGCUUCUUGUUCGAUCCCUUGUUGGGAACUCCUAAUCUUAUGUUCCAGGCUGUUGACGGCAAAGAUGUGCUGGUUUGGGAUCAGAAGCCCAAGAAACGGGGCGGCGGCGACGCCGAUUUAUCCGAAAUGGAGAUGAUGAAGGAAAGAUUUGCAAAGUUGUUGCUUGGGGAAGAUAUGUCUGGAGGUGGGAAAGGAGUUUGCACCGCCUUAGCCAUCUCAAACGCCAUCACCAAUCUCUCCGCUACUGUAUUUGGGGAAUUAUGGAGGUUAGAACCUUUGGCUCCACAGAAGAAAGCGAUGUGGUGCAGGGAGAUGGAAUGGCUUUUGUCUGUAAGUGAUUCCAUUGUGGAGCUUGUGCCUUCAAAACAGCAGUUUCCGGAUGGAGGUGGCACGUAUGAAGUAAUGGAAACUAGACCGAGGUCUGACUUGUAUAUGAAUCUCCCUGCACUCAAGAAACUUGACGCAAUGCUCAUAAGCAUCCUUGAUGGUUUCCAGGAUGAGAAGGAGUUUUGGUAUGUGGAUCGUGGUAUAAUUGUUGCUAAUGGCGUUGAAUGCGGUGAUGAAUUUUCUCCUUCCGUGUCCAGUAGUGGUGGGAGUCGUCCUUCUGUUAGGCAGGAAGACAAAUGGUGGCUUCCCUGCCCUAAAGUUCAUCCAAAGGGAUUAUCAGAAGAUGCUAGGAAGAGGCUGCAGCAAUGCAGAGACUGCACGAACCAAAUUUUGAAGGCAGCCUUAGCAAUCAAUAGCAAUGUACUUGCUGAGAUGGAGAUUCCCAGUGCCUACUUAGAUACAUUGCCCAAGAGUGGGAAAGCUUGCUUGGGUGAUAUCAUCUACCGUUACAUAACAGCCGAUCAAUUCUCGCCAGAACAUCUUCUGGAUUGUCUGGACUUGUCCUCAGAACAUCACACGUUAGAAGUAGCUAACAGGAUAGAAGCAGCUCUGCAUGUUUGGAGACUGAAAGACAGGAAGAAAUUUCCCUUAGAUCAUGAUCAUCAUCAGAAGUCGCCUAAGCGUAGAUCGUGGGGUGGAAAAGUCAAGGGACUUGUUGCUGCUACUAUGGAUAUCGAGAAAAACAACUUUCUUGCUCAAAGAGCCGAAACCCUCUUACAUAGCCUAAGGCUUCGUUUUCCAGGACUUCCUCAAACUGCAUUAGACAUGAACAAAAUUCAAUAUAACAAGGAUGUUGGGCAAUCAAUUUUGGAAAGCUACUCAAGGGUAAUGGAGAGCUUGGCAUUCAACGUCAUGGCAAGGAUAGAUGACGUCUUGUAUGUCGACGAUGCCACUAAACGCUGCAAUGCAUUAGAAUCAUCUAUGUCAUCGUUUUUCAGUAGAGGAGGUUUAGGUGGUGGCCAUCAUCCAAUCCAAAAGCGAAUAUCGCCUAGUCCUUUCUCCAUUCAGCACACACCAUAUGCAUCGCCCUUUGCGACUCCGUCAUUUUGUUUGUCCCCAUUAGUCAGUAGUAGCCCGGCCAGGGCCAUUUCUCCAAGGAACAAAAUCAGAGUGUCGCAGCAGACUAAAAUUGAGAAAGUAGUCACACCAGCAGAUGUGGAUAAAUUGUUAUCUUAUGCUGGAAGCCUUAGCGCUAGAAGAUUUUCUGAAAACGCUGCUCCAGAGCGAGAUUGA